GAACCAGGUUUUCAGCGAGACACCAUGUCAGGUGGCAUGCACUCUGUCGCAGGUUUGCCCUUGGUGCCUUCGGCGCGGCCCGAGCGCCGACUGUGGGGCUCCGAACUGCAGCUAACGCUGUCGUGCGCCAGCAUCGGCAUCGGCCUGGUCAGCGCCUGGCGCCUUCCCGCCCUACUCUACGACAACGGCGGAGGCUCGUUCCUGCUGGCGUACACCAUGCUCCUGUUACUGCUGGGCUACCCGCUGCUCUACCUCGAGCUGCUGCUGGGACAUUACGCCCGCCUUGGUCCGGGCGCACUCACGCGCUGCCUGCCCAUCGCGAAAGGGGUCGAGGUGAGCAUAGCGCUUGUGUGCGCAUGCGCCGCCGCCUCCAUGGGCUCGGUGAUGGCUCAGGCCGUGCUUCACCUGCUGCUCGCCUUCUCCGAGCUGCCUCCGCGCUGGGCCGGCUGCCAGGGCUUCUGGGAGAAGAAGCCGCUCGAGACGUGCUUCCACCCUGGCUCCAGGAGGUUAUGUGCCCCUGGACAAGCCACAAAGCACUGUGUCAACGUCACCGAAAGCGUCAACGAGCACUUUUUCCACACGUCCCUUGGCAUGGUGACGGGCAGCGACCAGCAGGCGGGCGUCCGUCCCGAGCUGGUCUGCUGCCUGGCCGCCGCCUGGGCGCUCGCGUGGGCAGCUCUGCGCCGGCGCUCGCCGUCCUCCGCGCUAGUGCUUCCCAUCGCCAUGGUGGCGCUGCUGGCCGUGGGCACCGCGUGGCUCACCGGCGCCAGCCGCGGACUCAUGUACCUGUUCAUGCCGCGCCUCGCCGACAUCGUGAAGCCGGCGUUGUGGGCUCGCGCAGCCGAGCAGGUGCUGCUGGUGUUGGGCCUGGCGCACGGACCGGCGCUGGCCAACGGAAGCUACUGCCGCGAGCUGCACGACGUGCACAAGACGGUGACCAUGGUUCUAGCGCUCACCGUAGGCGCCGGUCUUCUGUACGCGAUCAUCGUGUUCUCGUCGCUCGGCUCUCUCUCCUGGGAGCUUGGCGCACCCGUCGAACGGGCCUUACAUUCAGGCCAGGGCGCCAUGUUCAUUGCCCUCAACAGCUACUCGGUGCACUGGGCCUACUCAGGCGUCUUCUUCCUACUCGUACUCGUUGUAGGCGCAAACUCUCAGGCGGCCCUAGUGGAGUCGGCGCUGACCCACUGGAUGGACACGUUCCCGGGGCUGAGUGCACAGAGGCCUGCGCUGGCCAUGGCCCACUGCGCGGCCGGAUUCGUGGCCGGCCUGCCGCUGGUGUCGCGCCAGGCGGGGCUGCAGCUGCUGCACCUCCUCGACGCCCAGGUGCUCGGUCCCUUGCUAGCGUAUACCGCGCUCUGCGAGGUAAUCGCCGUCACCUGGUUCUAUGGGUUGGAGCACUUCCGCCUCGACGUGCUCCUGAUGCACGGCGAGUCAUGGAGUCCGACUCUUGAGGCGCUGUGGACGUGGUUCUUGCCCGCCCUUCUCUCCGGCGCGUUGGCCGGUGGUUUGCUCAGUGGCGGAUGCGGUGGCGCGGAGGCACCACCGGGUCUUCCGGAAGCCUGCGUCGUGGCCUGGGUGCUUAUAGCGCUCGGAGCUCUGCAAGUACCGCUGUGGGCCGCCAGGGCUGCCACAUCGGUGAGACGAAGCGCGACAAGCCGGUGCCUGGUGCCGUCAUCCGUGAUGGAACUGCACCAGCUCUCAGCAUUGGACCCCGAACCUGUGGUCGCGCAGCCACAUCCCUAGCAUGUGCCAUCUAUUCCUUACGGCGCUGCGUCAUUCGGUUUCAUUCAAUUUGGUCCUGUAUUAUAAAUACUUCUAUAUACGUCUUAGUCGUGUAAUAAACAAUAAAAGGUGAA